AUCAGUAGUGAUCAGGACACAUGAUGGAAUCAUGACACCGGUGGAGGACAUCGACGACUUAGACGAGGUUGAGCAUGAUGUCAGUGACACCACUUGGAGCUGGACCCGACAGACCAUGAACUACGUGGGCCAGUUAGCCGGUCAGGUGUUUUUCCAGGUUAAGGAGUUGUACCGAGGCCUCAAUCCCGCUACCCUAUCAGGCUGUAUUGACGUCAUCGUAGUGAGACAGCCCGAUGGAUCCCUGCAGUGCUCGCCUUUUCACAUUCGCUUCGGCAAGUUGGGCGUCCUCCGAUCCCGAGAGAAAGUGGUGGACAUUGAGAUCAACGGAGAACCAGUGGAUCUACAUAUGAAGCUGGGGGAAAAUGGGGAGGCAUUCUUUGUCCAGGAAACAGAAAAUGAUCAGGAAGUGGUUCCUUCUCACCUGGCGACCUCUCCUAUCCUAUCCGAUGGCGGCAUUCUGAUGAGCUCCUCUAUGAUGGCAAAAAGCUCUGGGCCACCUGUGCAGACCCUGGGCUCCACGGGAACCACCGGAGAGACAGGCAGUAUGGCGAUGAAGAAAAGAAGGAAGAGGAAGAGGAAGUCGCGGGCUGACAGCGUCAGCAUGAGGAGGGAAGACAGUGAAGGCUACUCCGUAGAAGAAGACAUGUUCACUAUCGACAUAAGCUCAGAUGAAGGGACAGAGCUGGACGGCAACAGGGCUUCAGCUCAGGAUGUCUCCAGAGACGAGACAACCAGCAGUUCCUACAAACAGACCGGUGUCUACGCUUGUUCAGAGGGAGAAUGGAGCCCGCUCCAGAGCCCUGAUCACUCUCGUCCUACCUCUCCGAAGAGUGAUUCUGAACUAAUGAUCAAGCCUUCAGAUGCAGACACCCGGGACACAGCCAUGCACUGGGCGUGGGGGGAGCUGCCACAUGCUGCCACGCCGUCCUUCCUCCCGGUGAAAUCCAAUCCGCCGCCGGCUUGCCCCAUGUCCAUCCCUGUGUCUGACAGCACGCACUUUCGCGUGAUUGCACGCGAAACAGCUUCAGAUCACUGCGAAACCUGCUCAGAAAUAUCAACAGUCGGGCUGCUCACGAUGGAUGAGACGGCAGCCUCUGAGGAAGCCGUGUCCACAACAGGGUCGGAGCAAGAAAGCACAAUGAUGGAGUCCCACGCAGUAAUGGCGGAGACUCCUAUGGAAACGGCAGCAACUUGUAUGUCAUUGGACAUGGAGGAAACAGGAUCUCGCACACUAUCCAAGACAGACUCUCCAUCAAAGAGAAAAGAUAAGCGAAGUUGCCAUCUCGGUUCUGAUGGGGUUUAUCUGGAUGACAUUACAGAGCUGGAGCCCAAAGUAGCAGCUUUAUAUUUCCCUAAGAGUGAUGGCGGUUCAGCGGUGAGGAGAACCUCAGAGCCGGGUCUCCACAACACUAGAUUCUCUCCUCAGUCACUCAGCUCUGGAGGAGACAGCGGAGUGGACAGCUACUGCGACCCCAUGGCUGACCUGCCCUCUAUCGCCAUCUCUCUGUGUGGAGGACUCACUGACAACAGAGAAAUCACCAAAGAGCAGUUCCAUGAGAAAAUCAUCUCUUACCAGCAGUUUGCAGCAAACCCGUCCAUCACUGAUGAUCCCAACUUGGUCGUAAAAAUUGGCUCCAAAUACUAUAAUUGGAGCACGGCAGCUCCACUUAUGCUGGCCUUUCAAGCAUUUCAGAAACCUUUGCCAAAGGCUGCAGUGGAGAACAUCAUGAAGGAGAAGAUGCCCAAGAAAGGAGGGAGGUGGUGGUUCUCCUGGAGAGGCAGAAACAGCAGCACCAAAUCUGAUUCAGUCUCUGAACGUGGAACCUGUGGUCCAGACCAUCAGUCCGAGAAAAUGGCCGACAGAUGUAAAGACGACCCGUCGUCAUCUAGUGAUGAAGAGCACAAACACAGCACUCCGACCCUCCAUUCAGAACCAGGGGUAGCAUCAGGAGGCGUGUCCUAUAAGAAGACACUCCGACUCACAUCAGAGCAGCUGCUGUCCCUCCGGUUGCAGGAUGGUCCGAAUGACGUUGUGUUCAGUGUGACCACUCAGUAUCAGGGAACCUGUCGCUGUCAAGGAACCAUCUACCUCUGGAACUGGGACGACAACAUAAUCAUAUCUGACAUUGACGGAACAAUCACCAGGUCAGACACUUUGGGCCAAAUCCUGCCCACCCUGGGGAAAGACUGGACCCACCAGGGCAUUGCACAUUUGUACCACAAAGUCAGCCAAAAUGGGUACAAGUUCCUGUACUGUUCCACUCGAGCAAUCGGCAUGGCUGACAUGACCCGAGGUUACCUCCACUGGGUCAACGAGAGGGGCACCAUGCUUCCUGUGGGCCCCGUCCUUCUUAGCCCCAGCAGCCUCUUUUCAGUCCUGCACAGAGAGGUGAUUGAGAAGAAGCCGGAGAAGUUCAAGGUGGAGUGUCUCAAUGACAUCAAGAACCUUUUCCAUCCUAACACGCAACCUUUCUAUGCAGCGUUCGGCAACAGGCCUACGGAUGUAUAUUCAUAUAAAGAAGUAGGAGUCCCACUGAACAGGAUCUUCACGGUGAACCCAAAAGGGGAGCUCGUGCAGGAGCAUGCGAAGACCAACAUUUCAUCCUAUGUACGUCUGGGAGAAGUGGUGGAUCACGUGUUUCCGCUAAAGAUGUGAGCCUCUUCCUUGGACUUCCCUUGCUCUGAUACCUACAGCCACUUUACCUACUGGAGGGAGCAGCUCCCUCAAGUGGACCAUCAGGAAACUGCACCUCCACACAAUACCCGCCCUGACAGCUGACUUCCAGUCAGUAGUGUGCUGAGAAACUCCGAGCAGACAGUUGUUUUUCCCUUUAUUUGUACAGUGGGUGUUAAAUUAAUCUGAGUGAACACUGGAGAGUUUUGUAAGCGAUGGAUGGAUGAAAUUGUGCGUAGCAUAGUGUGGGCACAGUGUGUAUAUUAGUGGUUUAAAAUCAUCCCAAAAUACUCCGUGAAGCAAGAGUUUUUGAUACUUGUAGAACACCAAGUGGCACAAUUGUGUCAGAAAAUGUCCACUGUUUCAAAAGUCUAAAAGUGCCAAAUGAACCAAUUUUCUCACUCAAAAUGCAACACUGUUUCAAUAUCUUUGAAACACUAAAUGAAGCAGUUGGUAAAUGAUUCAAUAUUUAGAAAUCCUCAAAGUAAAAAAAAAAAAAAACGGGAAGAAAAAAAAAGGUUUCUGUAAAUGAUGCAUUGUUUCAAACACUUAAAACAGGAAAUAUGACAAUUGUUUCAGAAUGUGAUUCACUGAUUCACUGGAAUGACCAGAUUGCUUCACAGUUUUAAAGGCCAUAAAACACGAUUAUGGUGACAUGUAGCAGAUGGAUGGAUGGAUGGAUGGAUGGAUGGAUGGAUGGAUGGAUGGAUGGAUGGAUGGAUGGAUGGAUGGAUGGAUGGAUGGAUGGAUGGAUGGAUGCUGCAGUGAGCACUUUGUGCAGCAGAGAGCUGGUUUAGUCAGCGAAUCUCUUGCAAAUAGUCUUAUUAUAAUGCACUUUGAUUGAAUGUGUGCUCAACUGACAAGUUGUAUCUGUCUAGAAAAUAGUGACAUCGUGAUAUGUUAGUGCACCUUAAAUCAUAUUUUGCAUUGAGAGCUGAGUAAGUGUUAAUAUAAUUUAUGUAGCAAACACUUUUUAAUUAUGAUUUUUAUUAAAUACAGUAGCAAAGAAUAGUUACAUGACAUGUCAUCAUCAUGCAGGUUAGUUGCAAAUGUGCCAGAUAUUCAACCUAGAAGUUAUUUUCUUACUGUGAAUAUUUUCUAUCAGGAAUAUUGUUAUUAAAUCAGAACAUACAUACAAAUGCAUAGAAAUUUUACUUUAUAAAAGCUUGCAAGAUCUAUAAAAUUAUCUCAUUCUAACAGACGAUACUGCGUGUUACAGAGUUAGAAUUAUUUUGACUGUUGCCGCAUCAUAUUUCAACCACAACAGAUUUAAUGUGGAAUUAUUCUUCUUAAAGGUGAAGCAUUUUAUGACUGACAGUUUGAAAUGUUGAAUCAUAAAAGGAAAAAAAAAGAAAUACAUCUGAAUCACACAGUGUGCAUAUAUUAUGAGAGUUGUAAGUUAUUUAUUUGCUGGUCUUUUUAUUUAUUUGUGCUGACGUGCAGUCACAUAUCUACAUGUCAUUUGCUUAUUUUCGUGAUGCUGUAUGAUAUAAUUAUAUAUUUUUUUUACAAUCACCCGACUGUCGCUCCACUGUGGCUGAUGUAAAACUCAUUACUGCAUCAUGACGGAGUCUCUGACUGUUGCGUUAAAGUGAAAUCCACCUGACAGAUUUUUCAAAGGAGGAGAGAAACACAGAGAACAAAUCUGCCCAAGUUGUGUGAUUCUGCAUACAACUAUUAUUACAGCUGUAUAAAAUGUGACCACGUAUGAGAACACUGAUACCUUGUUAUUCUUUCUGUGAAAGAACAUUUGUAUUUUUGCUGUAUCUGUACAUUAUGAUUAAUAAACUGCUAA